AUGCAGUGGAUAAUAUUCAUGUUGCUGUUAUUCAUCAGCUCCAUGGAAAUGCUCACGCAGAACCGAUGGAAGAAGCAAGCGAGUGCUGGCCUGCUGGAAAACUGCACGGGCUGCGUCCUGUGCUCUGAGGACAAUGGCUGCAUCACCUGCCACCACCGGCUCUUCCUGCUCAUCUGGAGGGAUGGAAUCCGCCAGUAUGGGAUGUGUGUCCACACCUGCCCUCCCGGCUACUUCGGCGUGAGGGGUCUGGAGGUCAACAGAUGCACAAAGUGCAGGUCUCCCAGCUGUGAGAGCUGCUUCAGCAGAGACUUCUGCAUGAAGUGCAAGGACAAGUUUUACUUGUACAAGGGCCAGUGUUUUCGGCAGUGCCCCCCCAGCACCGUGGCACAGCCUCCGGGCCCCCGCGAGUGCCAAGAGACAUGUGAGCCAGGGCCGUGGAGCAAGUGGAGCACCUGCAGCCACGAGAGCCGGACCUGCGGCUGCAAGUGGGGUGUGGAGACGAGAGUGCGGGAGGUGCCGGAGGCUGCCCGGGAGGAGGGAACUGCCUGCCCCGCGCAGCAGGAGACCAGGAGGUGCCGCAUGAAGAAGCACUGCCCGGGAGAGAGAACUGAACCCAAAAAUAAAGGCAAAAAGCGACAGAGGAAGCCAAAGACAGAACGGCACACGGGUACCUAG